UGGGUAAUGGAGGGAGAGGUGCAAGGAGGGUGUCAGGACUGGGUGACCCUGUCCCUGAUCUCGACUCUGUUGGGUGACAGGCGGGUGCACAAGCCACCAGGCACAGGCAGGGUUAAUUUUUGCUAGGGAUCAAGAAAUUCCUGAGCACAGAAAGAAUAUGUGUAGAGUAACCAUUUAAAUGCAAAACAAAAAAACAAAACAAAAAAACCACCCAGCAACGUCGGUGAUGAAACACAGCAUCUGAGCACGUGCAGAAAGCCGUGCAAUCGAGCGAGGCAGCAGGGAGCACGACCCGCUGCUGAAAACAGCUGAGAUUUACUCAGAGUAAACAUGGAUGGACAGGACUGGGCUACGUGAGGAAUAUUGUCAAUUGCAGCCUUUUCAGUUCAAACCCUCCUGCAAGUAUUUUUGUUUUUGUUUUUAAUGGGACUUAUAUCUACAAAGAGAUAAACAUAGGAUUACCCUGUGAGAAAGAUAUCCACAGCAGAAGGUAGCUUCCACUCCAUUCAACCUCAAGCCCAUUCAAUGCAGGGGCUUCACCUAGCCAAGCUCUGCGUAACCGUUACAAAACACUGCUGAUGUAUUUGAAACCAAAGACUAAUUUCGGAUGCUAUGCACACCAUGAAGAAAAUGGGGACCGGAGGGUGAAAGGGCAGAGAUGCCUUUAGAGGAAGCGGGGACUGGCCCAAGACAAAAUGGCUGCCAAACAGGAAACACCCUUGGGCUCCUCUUCCCAGACUCCUGUAGAGGGGAAGAUGCUGCCAAGAAGGAAAAUGGAGAUGCGAUGCUCAAAGGACUUGAACUCCGGGGAGAGUUUGGAGGAAACAAGCCUUUCUCAGGUCAACAGGGGUGAAUUUCUAAACCAACGGCAGGUCAAAGAGGAGCCCAACGAGGCAUUGGCGCAGCACUGGGAAGCCCAGUGGCAAGAGUUCCUGAAGACGGUGGAGUCGCCUCACUUGCAGUGGGGGAACCCACAACUGGAGGACGCGCCCAGCCCGGCCAUGGGCACCCAAGUACACAUGGCUUCCUCGGAGGGGUCGUUGCGACAAGAAACUCUGGUCCUGCCAAGCCUUGACAGGCAGAAGACCUGUGGCUUCUUGGAAGCCGCCGUCAUGGGAGGUGCAGCACAGGUGAAGGAAGAGAACUUGGACAAUAUCCCAGACAGUGGGGAUGUGGCCCGGCAGCGCUUUAGGCAACUGCGCUGCCGGGAGGGGGAUGGGCCGCGCAUGGUUUGCGCCCGGCUGUGCUUCCUUUGCCGUCAGUGGCUGAAGCCAGAAAUGCACUCGAAGGAGCAGAUCCUGGACUUGGUGGUCCUGGAGCAGCUCUUGAACAUCCUGCCCCCAGAGAUGCGGAGCUGGGUCAGGGAUCGCGGGGCAGAGACCUGCGCCCAGGCGGUGGCCCUAGCCGAGGACUUCCUGCUGGGGCAGGAAGAGGGUGGAAGGCUAGAGGAACAAUACAGGGGACUAGUCAGGAAGGAAGAAUCUGUGAAUUCCCCCAAAGAAGAGGUGACUCCAUUGGACGUGAGCCUCUCUGAGGAGAGCAAGCAGGAGUGCGUCAAGGCCAGCAAGAUAGUCGGAAACGAUUGUUCCUCUGCCACAGUAAUGCUACAUAAAAACGAAGAGGAAAACGGUCUCCUUGGAUUUUUCGAUCAAGUGGAACCAUCUAGGCCGGCAGUGGGGAAAGGAGAAGCCAGCCUUACUGAGUGCAGGGAUCGUCAUAGUACAUUUGAGAGUCAGUCCAGGCCUGAGAGCUGGAGAGAAGACCGCCAAGGGAGUGAAACAGACCUCCGCAAGGGCUUCGAUGAAACCAUGGCCUGGCAGGAGACUCCGGCAGGUGAGAGACAAAAGACUUGCAAAAUUUGUGGGGGAAAGUUCAGCUGGAGGACUGAUCUCAUCAAGCACAAGAGGACUCACACGGGAGAAAAACCUUACAAAUGUUUGGAUUGUGGGAAGUGUUUCAGCCAGAUAUCAGACCUUAACAUCCACAAGAGAAUCCACACGGGAGAAAAACCCUUUAAGUGCUCUCACUGUGGGAAAAGUUUCAGCAGGAGCACAAACCUUAUUGUGCAUGAGAGGAUGCACACAGGAGAGAAGCCCUAUAAAUGCUCAUACUGCGAGAAAACCUUCUGCGCCGGCUCGCAGCUUAUUAGUCAUCAGAGAAUCCACACAGGAGACAAGCCCUAUAAGUGUUUUGAGUGUGGGAGAACUUUUAGUUGGAGCGCCACUUUUCAAAGACACCAGAGAAUCCACAUGGGUGAGAAACCGUAUAAGUGCUUGGAAUGCGGCAAAAGUUUCACUUUCAAGUCUGUCCUUACUGCUCACGAGAGAACCCACACGGGAGAUAAGCCCCAUAAGUGCUCUGAAUGUGGGAAAAGCUUUAGUCAGAGGGCUCACCUUAGUAGUCACCAGAGAAUCCACACUGGAGAGAAACCAUUUCAGUGUUCGCAGUGUGGGAAAAAUUUCGGUCUGAGGUCAGUUCUGAUUGCCCACGAAAAUACUCAUGUUUUAGAGAAACCGCACAAGUGUUCAGACUGCGGGAAAAGUUUCAGCAACAAAUCCCAGCUCACAAAUCAUCAGAGGCUGCACACGGGAGAUAAACCUUAUAAAUGUUUUGUCUGCGGGAAAACAUUCAACUUGCGCUCCCUCCUUACUGGACAUUUGAGAACCCACACCGGAGAAAAACAGUAUAAAUGUUCACACUGCAAGAAGUGCUUUGGUGGCAGAUCAACUCUUGUGGCGCAUGAGAGGACCCACACGGGAGAGAAGCCGCACAGAUGCCCGGAUUGUGGGAAAACCUUCAGCCAGAAGACUAAUCUCAACAGUCAUCAGAGAAUCCACACUGGAGAGAAGCCUCAUAAAUGUCUGGACUGCGGGAAGGGCUUCAGUCAGAAAUCGCACCUCCUUAAUCACCAGAGGGACCACACAGGAGAGAAACCAUUCAAAUGUGCGUGCUGCGAUAAAUGCUUUGGCGCCAGGUCCACCCUCGUGGCACACGAGAAGACCCACACAGGAGAGAAGCCACAUGAAUGCAAACAUUGCGGUAGGAGCUUCAGUCGGAAAGCGCACCUUGCCAGGCAUGAGCGGACCCACGGUGCUGGCAAAGCAUUAUUGGUGCUCAGUCAGUAGGAAGGCUUCUGGGUGGCCAGAAGCCCACCCUGUAAAUAAACUAUAUACUUUUCGCUGCAGGAACAAAUACAAACUUUGUUAACAGCCCAUCCACAUGUAAUUUAGGAAUAAAUCCCAGAGAGAUCGGGGGUGGGGGGAGGUGAAUCUGCCUAGAUUUGGCUGCAUGCCUGAUGCCAUCAUUUCUGGGGUCUUGUUUAGGGAUUGUUUUGUGCUUUUUUUCGGGAGGAAGGAGCUGCAACUCGGCAGUAGAGCACACAAUAUGCCCAGAGCGUAGUGGUCAGUCCCUGAUGUCUCCAUUUUAAAGAAAGGAUCUGGUAAGCAGGAAGCAACUCUGUAUAAGAGGGGCCUACUACAAGCAUUGCAGUGCGGAAAAUGCUCUGUCCAAAAGCCAAGCCUCUCCAUUCCAUUCCGCCUCUCCAGUUUCCAGGAUUUCACCACUACCAGUAAACAUUCCUUGGCAACUGAGCAUGCUUAGUCCUUACUGGAAGUUCAUCCCACCGCCUCAGUUUCCGGCUUUUCCUCCACCCCACAUCCCGCAACAGUCUCGACAGCAUUCCGUGGCAACUGAGCAUGCUCAGUCUUUAUUGGCAUGUUUUGGAGGGCUUCCCAACACCCCUUAAUAUUUUGGGUGUUUGGUUUUUUUAAAAAAAUAACUACUGUAUUUUUCUGUUGGUAAGAUUAUGUUUUUUGCUUUUAAAAAAUUUAGGCAGUGGGUGGGUGAGCUUUUGGUGGCGGCAACCCCCCCCCCAAGAAAAGCUCAAGAAAUAUUGAUUUAUUAAUUUUGGGUUCAAAAAAAUAUCUUCUUGGGCCUUCUUAUAAAUGGGGGCAUCUUAUACAGUGCUUUUUUUCCUUUAAAAAAUGUUUACUCUCCUUUUGACUAAAGAAAAUCACCAUUUUAUAGUUCAAAUCGGGAAAAAUAAAUACAAUAAAUGGACAAAAGUACUAAGAUUCACAAAAUGUGGAGAAGAGGGCCUUCUCAGCAGUGGCUCCCAUCCUGUGGAACACCCUCCCAUCAGAUGUCAAAGAAAUAAACAACUAUAUGACAUUUAGAAGACAUCUGAAGGCAGCUCUGCUUAGGGAAGUUUUUAAAGAGUGAUGUUUUAAUGUAUUUUUAACCUUUUGUUGGAAGCCACCCAGAGUGGCUGGGGAAAUCCAGCCAGAUGGGCAGGGUAGAAAUAAUAAAUUAUUAUUGUUAAAUGGGUAUGCAGGGGGUACUCCUGCAUACCCCCACUGGUCUUGUUGUUGUUGUUUAGUCGUUGAGUCGUGUCCGAUUCUUCGUGACCCCAUGGACGCCAGGCUCUCCUGUCUUCCACUGCCUCCAGCUCUCGAACAUAGAAAAAUAUGGUAUUUUGUACUUCUAUAAGACUUGGUGAUUACCCAAGUUUGCUGAUGCCUCUUCUCUUUGGUACAAGAAAAAAACCCCGGCAAGAGCCUGGCUGCGGGAUCAGGCCAAUGGCCCAUCUAGUCCAACAUCCUCCCUUGCCCCAGUGGCUAAUCAGAUGCCUCAGUGGAAAGCAAGCACCCACAUCGUUCAGCCUGGACACUGAGGUCCAGCUCCGAGGGCCUUCUGGUGGUUCCCUCCCUGCGAGAAGUGAGGUUACAGGGAACCAGGCAGAGGGCCUUCUCAGUAGUGGCGCCUGCCCUGUGGAACGCCCUCCCAUCAGAUGUCAAGGACAUAAACAACCACCAGUAUUUGACUUUUAGAAGACAUCCCUGUUUAGGGAAGUUUUUAAUGGUUGAUGUUUUCUUGUAUUUUUAAUAUUUUGUUGGAAGCCGUCCAGAGUGGCUGGGGAAACACAGCCAGAUGGGCGGAGUAUAAAUAAUAAAUUAUUAUUAUUAUUAUUACCCAGCAAAAGUAAAACCUGCAUUCCUGGCUCCAUCUGCUUUUGAAUUUGCCACAGGCUCACGCAGUCACAUGGCCCCCAGAAGGUUGCUUACAAGAGAAUGAGGCACUCGGGCCGAAAAAGGUUCCCUACCUGUGCAUUACAUACUGUACACUACAGUGGGGCAAUGUGAGAGCAUUGCGUAGAGCUGGGAGGGACCCCAAGAGUCAUCUAGUCCAACCCCCUGCAAUACAGGAGAAUCAACUAAGGCGUCUGUUUUCCCGCAGAUGUGAAAUGUGGAUAGGGGGCACUAGCAUUGCUGGAAGGGAGGUGUGUGUGUGU